UGCUGCACAUGGCGGGAGCUAAGAGCGCGGGAACCGGCGGCCUACUGAAUGGAGGGGACGAGAGCCCGGAAGGGAAGCGGCCCCGGUUGGGGGCCGUCCCGCCGGCAUCGUCGUGGCCCGGCCCCCCGGGGAACCGCGUGACGGUGGUGCUGGGGGCGCAGUGGGGGGAUGAGGGCAAAGGGAAGGUGGUCGACCUGCUCAGCCAGGAUGCCGAUCUCGUCUGCCGGUGCCAGGGAGGCAACAAUGCGGGCCACACUGUUGUGGUGGAUUCAGUUGAAUACAAUUUCCAUCUGUUGCCCAGCGGGGUUAUCAACCACAGUGCCACGUCAUUCAUUGGAAAUGGUGUCGUCAUCCACCUACCAGGACUCUUUGAGGAAGCUGAGAAAAAUCUUAAGAGAGGGCCAGGUUUGGAAGGCUGGGAGUCUCGGACAGUGAUUUCAGACCGGGCCCACCUUGUGUUCAAUUUCCACCAGGCUGUGGAUGGGAUCCAGGAACAGCAGAGACAGCAGCAAGGUGGCAAAAACCUUGGCACAACCAAGAAGGGGAUCGGCCCUGCGUACGCCUCCAAGGCUUCCCGGACUGGCCUGCGUAUCUGCGAUCUGCUGGCAGAUUUUGACGAGUUCUCCAAGAAGUUCAAGGUCUUGGCUCAGCAAUACAAAGCAACAUAUCUAGCUCUCACCAUAGAUGUGGAAGGUGAACUGCAACAACUGAAGGAAUAUGCCGAGAAGAUCCGCCCGUUAGUGAAGGAUGGUGUUUAUUUCAUGUACCAAGCCCUACAUGGUCCAACCAAGAAGAUCCUUGUGGAGGGGGCCAACGCUGCAUUGUUAGACAUAGACUUUGGUACCUACCCAUUUGUGACCUCCUCCAAUUGCACAGUGGGGGGUGUCUGUACUGGCCUUGGCAUCCCUCCACAUUACAUUGGCAAGGUGUAUGGCGUGGUGAAAGCUUAUACCACUCGGGUUGGUGUUGGGACGUUCCCCACGGAGCAGGACAAUGAAAUAGGAGAGCUGCUGCAAUCACGGGGCCGUGAAUUUGGCGUGACCACAGGCCGGAAGCGCCGCUGCGGCUGGUUGGAUCUUGUGCUGGUGAAAUACGCCCAUAUGAUCAAUGGAUUCAGCGCCCUGGCAGUGACCAAGCUCGAUAUCCUGGACACCUUUGAGGAGAUCAAAAUUGGCGUGGAGUACCGGCUGGAUGAGAAACGCAUACCUUAUUUCCCAGCAAACCAGGAGCUCCUCAACAAGGUGACUGUGGAAUACAAGACUCUACCUGGCUGGCAGUGCAGCACUGAGGAGGCCCGCAGCUUCAGCGAAUUGCCCUCCCAAGCCCAGGGGUACAUCCGAUUCAUAGAGGAUUAUCUUGAGGUGCCAGUGAAGUGGGUUGGAGUGGGGAAAUCCCGCACAUCCAUCAUCAAGCUUUUCUGAGGCUGGCGUGAGAGCUGGACCCUCGUUUUGGAAGAAUACGGCAGGCCCUCCUGCUUGCCACUGCCGCAUGCAUUUCACGGACCAGUCAGCAGAAGAUGGCAAAAAGUACAGGGAUGGGGUAACCCCCCCACCCCACCCCCAGUUCAGCCCUUCCUUCGUCCAGGCAGCCUUUCUCCUUCCUUCAGCUAAGAACACUCUUCGCUCACGUUCAUCUUUGCAGAGACUUAUAUUCCCACCACAGCCGGCCCUUUUCCCCAUCUUGGCCCCAGUUGGAAUCACUGUUUUCAACCUUUGCCUUUUAUUCAGCUCUCCUGUCUAUUUGCCGUACUUGGAGGGGAGAGGCCAUUGUCCACCCUCCCACCCCAACCCCCCCGAUACUUUUGGAUGGCCAGCACACUCCAUUUUCCUCUUCUGCAUUCAUGUGUCUGUCUGCCCGCUCCUUUUUGGUUCAUCCAUAAAGCCAAACCAUACAGCAAGCAAACAGGGAAGGAACGUUAGGCUUACGAGUCCCUCCUCGCCUUUUGUGUUAUAGUACAAAUUAGCAAUUUCCUCUUUUGUAGCCCACCAUAGUUUGCCGUUGCCUGUCCUGGAUAGCCCAGGCAAGCCUGAUCUCGUCAGAUCUCGGAAGCUGAGCAGAGUUGGCCUCGGUUAGUAAUUGGAUGGGAGACCUCCAAAGGAGACCAGGGUCACUGUGCAAAAGCAGGCAAUGACAAACCACCCCUGUUAAGUCUCUUGCCUUGAAAAAUCCAGAAGGGGUCACCGUAAGUUGGCUACAACUUGAGGGCACUCUCCACCACCAUCACAGUUUUCCAUUGCAUCUAAACUAACAACCUGUGGUUUGUGGCAUUGGCCCUGUAGACUUUCAUUGAAAUCCUAAACAGAGUUACUCCAGUCUAAGCCCAUUAAUUUCAGCAGGCUUAGACUGGAGUAACUCUGCUUAGGAUUUCACUGUUUGGUUUGCUCUUUUGCUGGCAAUUCUGGUUUUCAGAGCAAGAACCACCCGUAGCUUGUUGAGUUGGAUAUAAUGGCAGCUUGUGCAAAAUGAGGUAAAAAAUUGGAUUAUUUGAGGGGUGAGGGAGGGACUGAGCUAGCCUAAAUCUUCGUUGCGACUUGUUCAUGCAGUGCCAACUCAGUGUUUGGUUUUAUAUCCAAACCCAAACCAUAUAGGUUGCUGGUGAUUUUCACCUGUCUGCCUCAGCACUCCAGGACAUUGUGGUGCUAAGUAUGAGACAUCCCAACACAACCGGGCAGUUUUACCUCUCCUAAUAACGGAGCGAUCGACUUAAUCCAUCAUGGGGGUAGGAUCCCCAUUCUGUGCUGCAGACCGUGUCUGCUCUCUGUCUUUCCCAUUAUUUUGUGGAGAAAUACCCAGCUGGUUUAGAACUCUGCAUUUAACCAAUGUCUCAAGUUUCUAUGAUUAGAAAUACCCGUGCAAACCAAACCCCCUCCUAGGCAGGGCCGAGCGGGGGGCAAUGUGUGUAGACGGUAAAAGUGCUACCCAGAAUCACUGUCUUUUUCUCACCCGCUGUUGAUUUUUAAAGCAGGAAGAGAGAUUUUUCCGGGGUGACCAUUUCUGUCCUACUUGCACAGUAUCACCCCUCCCACCCUAAUGUAUUAUUGCUGCCACUUUGAAAGGCAACUUCCUGAUGUUGUCAUGUUGCCCACAUGCGUGAGCCCAGCGGGGAUUUCUGGGCAUUUCUGCAGCUGCCGUUUUUUCACUGUAGACAUAAGUAUCAAUAAAGAACGAUGGAUUAUUUUAUCACUAGGAUAUA